AUGACUCCGGGAAAGCUCGCCCCCGAAUCAUGGAAACUACACGUCGACGGCUCGUCAAACUCCACCUACGGAGGCGCCGGAGUCAUACUCGAAAACCAAGACGGGAUCACGAUCGAACAGUCGGUACGAUACGAAUUUCCAGUGUCGAACAACCAAGCAGAAUACGAGGCCCUCUUGGCAGGCCUAUCCUUAGCCCGGGAAGUCGGAGCAAAGGUCCUAGAAGUAAAUACCGAUUCACAGGGAUCUUGGACCUACCCUAUCCUGCAAUACCUCCUCGAUGGAACACUGCCACCAGACCCCAAAGAGGAAAAACGAAUAAAAAGGAAGUCGCCAACUAUACCAUUGUCGCAGGACAGCUAUACAAACACGGAUUCUCGCAACCCCUGCUCAAAUGCAUCAAACCCGAGAACACGGAGUACAUACUCCGUGAAAUCCACGAAGGCUGCUGCGGCCACCACGUCGGAGGCAAAACUUAAAAACUGCGACAAAUGCCAAAGGCACGCCAAUAUCCACCAAGCCGCGCCGCACCAGCUCAGCAUCAUAUCGGCAGAACGGCCGUUCGGCACCUGGGGCAUCGACCUCGUCGGACCCUUCCCUACGGCACCCGGCCAGCUUAAAUACCUCAUCGUCGCCAUAGACUACUACACUAAAUGGAUCGAAGCCGAACCCCUAUCCUCCAUAACGGCAACCCAAUGCCGAAAAUUCCUCUGGCGACAGAUCAUCACCCGAUUCGGGAUCCCCGAGAUCAUUAUCUUGGACAACGGAACCCAAUUCACCGACAAAAAAUUCAGAGAAUUUUUAGAGGGGCUACGUGUAUCUCACCGUUUCAGCUCGGUAGAACACCCUCAGACAAACGGACAGGUAGAAUCUGCGAAUAAAAUAAUCGUCAAAGGACUCAAAAAGCGGCUUGACGAAGCCAAAGGACUAUGGGCCGACGAACUCGGAUCAGUCUUAUGGUCAUACCGAACGACACCUCAGACGACCACGGGAGAAACACCUUUCCGAUUAACAUACGGUGUUGAGGCGGUCAUCCCGGUAGAGAUCGGAGACCCAAGCCCCAGAAAAACGGUCAGAGGUAACGACGAGGAAGCAGAACGAGACCUCAUUGACGAAACAAGGAGCAUAACCCAUCUCAGGGAGCUAGCCCUAAAACAGAGAAUCAGCCUAAGAUACAAUCACGGAGUCAUCCGGCGAGAAUUCGCGGCCGACGACCUCGUCCUACGACGAAACGAUAUCGGUCCUCCGACCCCAGGAGAAGGGAAGCUCACCCCCAACUGGGAAGGACCAUACAGAAUCAAGGCUGUAAUCGGAAAAGGAGCGUACAAAUUCGAACGGCUCAACGGCAACGAAGUCCCGAGGACAUGGAACGCCGCCAACUUGCGACGAUACUACGCCUAG